AUGAGCUCAGGAGACCGUGGUCGGGCUGCCCCUGCUCGCGCAGGCGCGUCUGUGUCGGCCUCUCUGGCCGAAAAGGAGGCGAAGGAGAUUGAAGAAUGCGAAAAGAUUGUGCGGUUUCGCGAUGCUAUUCUUGCGGGCAAUCACCCAUCCAUCAAGCUUCCCCCUGGCCUCAAGGCCUUGUCCACCCCCCUCCCCACCUUCGCGAAACCGCCAUCAGAGCCUGGCGAAGUAGACGCACGCCCUGAAGCUCUGCAGAAGCUCGCUACGGGCAAACAAGAUCAGACUCUCAGUGUGUCGCAGCCUCCAGCUGAUGCUCGCGCUCCUCCGGCGACUGGGCCCCAAUACCCAAAGCCAUUCGGAACCGGGACGACAGAGAUCAAUCCCAUCCUACUUGAAAAGUCUGACGAGCUCGUUAGGGCCGAGAUCCAGCUUCAGAGACAGAGGAUUGAGCGGUCUCUGAGAGACGACAUUGAACAGCGUCGAGCCUCAAAGCAAGUGCAAGCAGAGCCUGUCAUUGAAUUUGAUCUAUCUGAUGUGCUCGCCAAGGCCCUGACUCUGGUUCAAGCCACUACUAUACCUUUUUCCGCCAACGGAGACUCGAGUGCUAAUCAUGAAGCUGCAAGUGAUUCUUUUGACGACAACACCUUCUACUCUUCGAAGCAUGACACGCCCGAGUCCAACCUGACUUCGCGCGUGCGCCACUCGUCUGAUGAGGCCGUGGUGACGGAUGACCGCAGGCCCUCUCUGCCACGGUCUCAUGUCGGCGCGAGCUAUGGUAAUAUCGCCGCACCCUCUGCGUCUGCGAAUGGUCACUUUGCUGCAGGACCCCCUCUCCGGCCUCCAGCCCAAGUCCCCGCUCCAGCUCCAGCUCCAGCUCCAGCUCCAGCUCCGGCUCCAGCUCCGGCUCCAGCUUCGGCUCCGGCUCCAGUCCAAGUCCAGCCUCUGGUGACAACUGCUGCCGCGAGCCGACCCCAGCAGGUGCGGGUUCCUGGUCUUCAUAUACUGGCCAACAGCGGAAUCUCUCCAGCUUCGCAGGGUCCAGCCAUCACUACGCGCCCAGAGCCAACCCAGGAGUUGCACACGGAGACUGAAGAAUCAGGGGAUAGUGGGCUGCAAUAUGACCCGGCUCGGCCUGCGUUGCCACCAGGUCCUCCCCUCAUUCGAAACCAUGACUUGAUACCUGUUGCCCCUCAGCCAGCAAAGAUUGCACCCUUAACUGUCGUCAAUGCUCAAACGCCUGUCGUUGAUUCAGCAUUGGCCGCAUCUCUUGGUGCGUCGGCGCAGGUGGCGGCACUCAGACAUGGGCUCGAUAUUCCUGUCAGCUCUGAGAGCUCUUCUCAGGGUGCCAAAGAUACAGACAAGAAGAGAGGAAAGAAGAACAAGAGGAAGGCCGAGCGGCAAGCGCUAGAGGCACAGGCCGGGCCAAGUAUCAAAGUUGAGCCUCGUUCACAGUCGCCUAUGACGGCUCCAGCCUACAACAGACCCAGCAAACGGCAACGUCAAUCUCAGGCACAUGCUAAUGACUCUGGACAAUCCGAGCCGAGAUACGCCCAGCCUCCACCGAGCGCAACCUUUGAGCAACCAUCGCCACAGGCGUUUCAGAGCGAGAGAGCUCCCGCAACCUACCACGAACCCGGCCCCACGCAAUAUCUGCCCCACGCCGCUUCAGUCUCCAGCAUACGCGGCGAGCCAGCUGGGGGCCCAAGCCUCAACAGCGCCUAUGAUCCUCGCGUACCUGGUGAGGGCUAUACCCGCCCUGCUCCCCUUGGCGAAAGCUAUAUGCGUCAGCCUCAGCCGCACGAUUCGACAUCCUAUCCCCUUCCUCCUCCGAGAGAGGCUCAUGGUCCUGCUGCAGUGCCACAAGUCAUUCCCUACGACUCAUAUCGGGAGCCCAUUCGCGUCUAUCGGGAGCCAAUUGAGGGCCCCCGCGCAAGUGUACGCCCAGAGGGUGAGUCUUUCAUAGUCCCCCCGCGGCCACCCACACGGGUCAUGGUCGAUUCCUACGGGCGAGAGUUUGUCGAGCCUCUGGUCCCAUCCGCCCGGCAAUCCGUUGCCCCCAUGCCUCGAUCUGGAGAACCGGAGGUGAUUUACGAACGAUUGCCACCCCGGACUAUAUCGAGCAACCUCGGGCCUGCGCCGCACAACGACGGCAGCGUCGUAUAUGCCAGGCCGCUUUCGGUUUACGACCCCGUCAGAAGAGUAUAUGUCUCCGAGUCGGAGUAUCCUUACGACCACCAGAGGGACGGUCAGUUCAGUGACCAUCAGCUGCAGCAACGAGGAUAUAUUCAGAUUGUGAGGUCGCAUGAUGGCAGGAUCAUUGAAGAGCGACCGGCGGAGUACGUCUCGCGGAGACCCAGCCUGCGACCGCCCGAGCGGAUGCGCUUCGAGCCAGCUAUGCCAUACAUCCGCAUGCACAGCGCACGUCCCGACGCUCCUGGUAGAGAAUACAGCGCCAAUGUCCACAUGGAUGGCCGUCACCCUGAAGGCCCACAGGCAUACACCAGAGAGUAUGCUGGUAGCCCCAUGCAGCGAGCCCCAACUAUUCAUCGGGAGUAUACCUCUAGCAUGCGUCCACUGGACCGGUACCAUGAGCCCCAGGGAGGAGCCCCCAGAGGGACGGAUGAGAUCGCCUUUAUUGAGCAGCCUCGUGGAGCGUCGCGGGAAAUUGUCUACGUUGAUGAUGUUAGGAGAGAGGUUUAUCGGUGA